AGCAAAGAGUGAGGGAGGGAAGCGGGAGACUCUCUGUUCCACAGACAGAGUCCCAUACACAUUCGCACCAGCUGUGCUGUUGUCAGUCCUGGAAUGUAAGCACUGCCGUGAGGAGUCAGAUUCUCCGCCGCUAAGCACUGCUAAGGAGUAGGAACACAGUACUGUGCACCCAAUGACACAGAUGGAUGCUAAGCUGUGAAAACCAAAGAUCUAAAGGACAUCAAUAAAGGAACACAAUGUCUGUUCUGCUGACACUGCCUUCCAGUGUUCAUCCUCUCAGAAGCUUUUCUCCAUAAUUCUGAAGUCAUUCCAGACGAUCCUCAGUUGAUUGGAUACCAUGAUAACCAAUCAAGCUCUGCUCCUCCUGAUGCUUUCUAUCCUGUGGCCCAGUACUGCCCGUCCUUUCAUGCCUGGGAAUAUUGGGAAUCUGUUUGGGAUGCCAGAGAGUGAUGGGAAGGUUCUUCAGCGUUCCAAACGUGGAUGGAUGUGGAAUCAAUUCUUUCUGCUUGAGGAAUAUGCAGGAAAUGACCAUCAAUAUGUCGGCAAGCUGCACUCCAACAUGGACAAAGGAGAUGGCACUGUGAAGUAUGUUCUGACUGGAGACGGGGCAGGCACCCUGUUUCUGAUCGAUGAGAAGUCUGGAGAUAUCCACGCCACCAAAAGGCUGGACAGAGAAGAAAAAGCAAUGUACACACUCCAUGCAAAAGUUCUGAACAGGAACACUAAUGCAGAGCUGGAGCCUGACACAGAAUUCAACAUAAAAAUUCAUGACAUUAAUGAUAACGCACCAAAAUUUGCAAAGGAAAUCUACUUCGCCAGCGUUCCUGAAAUGUCUGAAGUUGGUACGUCUGUUGUCACAGUAACUGCCACUGAUGCUGAUGAUCAAACGUAUGGGAACAGUGCCAAGCUUGUUUAUAGCAUCCUACAGGGACAACCUUAUUUCUCUGUGGAUUCUGAAAAUGGCACCAUUAAGACAGCCCUCCCUGGCAUGGACAGGGAAGUCAAGGAAAACUACCAGGUUGUGAUCCAGGCUAAAGACAUGGCUGGGCAGAUGGGAGGGCUCUCAGGGACCACAACAGUCAGCAUCACCCUGUCUGAUGUCAACGACAGCCCGCCACGCUUUGCAAACCAUUCCUUUCGGGUGAAUGCUGUGGAGUCAACAGAGAUUGGUGGCGCCAUUGGCCGCAUCAAGGCUGAUGAUCCAGAUGUGGGCCAUAAUGCUGAGAUGGAGUACAGCAUAGUUGGUGGUCAUGACACAUUCAAUAUCAUCACUGACCAAACUACACAAGAGGGAGUCAUCGUAAUUAAAAAAGCACUGGAUUAUGAAAGUAAGAGGGACUACGAGUUCAGAGUGGAGGUGAAAAACACCUACUUAGAUGCAAGGUUCAUCCAUGGUUUGCAAUUCAAGGACUACGCCACGGUCAAGGUAACGGUGGAGGAUGUAGAUGAAGCCCCUGUUUUCUCCAGGAACCCUUACAUCAUUGAGGUGCAUGAGGACACGGCUGCUGGCAGCUUCGUCGGCGUGGUGUCUGCCAGGGAUCCCGAUGCUGACAGCAAGCCAGUCAAAUACUCCAUUGAUCGACACACAGAUCUUGAGAGGCUGUUUAAUAUCGAUUCUGUGAAUGGGACAAUCACAACACUGAAAGCUCUGGACAGAGAAAUGUCCAAAUGGCACAAUAUCUCUGUGGUGGCCACCGAAAUAAAUAAUCCUCGUCAGACAACUCGAGUGCCUGUUUUCAUUAAGGUGUUGGAUGUCAACGACAACGCGCCUGAGUUUGCGAUGUCCUACGACACAUUUGUCUGCGAGAAUGUCAAAGCAGGACAGCUGAUCCAGACAAUAAGCGCUGUUGACACGGAUGAACCCCUAGUUGGACACAAGUUUGUCUUUAGUAUAAGUGCCACCAACCCAAAUUUUACUAUUGUGGACAAAGAAGAUAACACUGCCAAUAUCCUGACGAGGAGGGGAGGGUUCAGCCGGCGUGAGAUGAGCUUGUACUUCCUGCCUGUAGUGAUCUCGGACAAUGACUACCCCAUCCAGAGCAGCACCAGUACACUGAUUGUGCGUGUAUGUGCUUGUGACAGCCGUGGAAACAUGCAGUCAUGCAGCCCAGAGGUGCUGCCCUUCUCAGAUGGCCUCACAACUGGAGCUCUGGUGGCCAUUCUGCUCUGUGUCAUCAUUCUUCUCAUGAUCGUGGUGCUGUUUGCUGCCCUGAGGAGACAGAGGAAGAAGGAGCCUCUGAUCAUCUCCAAAGAGGAUGUCAGAGACAACGUUGUCAGUUACAAUGAUGAAGGAGGAGGAGAGGAGGACACUCAGGCCUUUGAUAUUGGCACACUGCGCAACCCAGAGGUGAUGGAUGCUAACAAGCUACGCAGGGACAUCAUACCCGAAAUGCUGUUUCCUUUUCGGAGAACAUCACCAAUAAAGGAUAACACGGAUGUAAGAGACUUCAUAAAUGGGAGACUUCAGGAGAACGAUUCAGACCCCACUGCACCCCCUUAUGACUCCCUUGCUACGUAUGCUUAUGAGGGCAGUGGUUCAUUGGCAGAAUCUCUUAGUUCACUGGAGUCUGCUGCCACAGAGGGGGACCAGGAUUAUGAUUACCUCAGCAACUGGGGACCACAAUUUAAAAAAUUGGCAGAGAUGUACAUAGGGAGGAGUCCUGACAGAGAGACCUAGAAAAAGCCAUUAGUCUCUCUUUUCCAAACUCUUUUUAAUGUCUGUUUAGCUAGCUAGCUAGUCAGACAGCUGUUUGUCUGGUUAGUUAGCUAGCCAGCUAGUUGACUGUCUGUCUACCUACCUAUCUAUCAAGCUGUCUGUUUAGUUUGCUAGCUGGCUCGCCAGCAACUGGUUGUCUAUUUGACUCACGUACAAAUGUGGGUGUACAUGCACAAGCACUCAGACAAAGAUCUCUGCCCUGCCAUCCACAUGUGGAUGCUGAAAUAGAAACCCAGACUUGAACUGAGCUGAUCUUUUUUUUUCUCAUAAAUA